UCCAUGGACAAUGGCAGCUACAAUUCAGGCCAUGGAGAGGAAGAUCGAAUCGCAGGCUGCCCGCUUGCUUUCCCUAGAAGGUCGAACAGGGAUGGCUGAGAAGAAGCUGGCUGAUUGUGAGAAGACGGCCGUGGAGUUUGGCAACCAGUUGGAGGGCAAGUGGGCCGUGCUGGGGACCCUGCUGCAGGAGUACGGGCUGCUACAGCGGCGGCUGGAGAACGUGGAGAACCUGCUGCGCAACAGGAACUUCUGGAUCCUUCGGCUGCCCCCUGGCAGCAAGGGGGAGGUCCCCAAGGUGCCCGUGACCUUUGAUGAUGUGGCCGUGUAUUUUUCCGAGCAGGAGUGGGGCAAGCUGGAGGACUGGCAGAAGGAGCUCUACAAGCAUGUGAUGAGGGGCAACUAUGAGACACUGGUCUCCCUGGACUAUGCCAUCUCCAAGCCUGAAGUCCUCUCCCAGAUUGAACAAGGCAAGGAGCCCUGCACCUGGCGUCGUGCUGGCCCCAAGGUUCCAGACGUUCCUGUGGACCCCAGUCCAGGUGAAGGGUGGGAGAAGGCCAGGGAGACACCAGGCUCUGGGCCCCCUGUUCCUGCCCCUGACCUUCUGAUGCAGAUCAAGCAGGAAGGYGAGCUCCAGCUGCAGGAGCCACAGGCACUGGGCGUGGAGGCCUGGGCAUCCGGGCAGCCAGAUAUUGGGGAGGAGCCCUGGGGCCUCAGCCAACUGGACUCUGGGACAGGAGACAUCUCCACAGACGCUACCUCAGGCGUCCAUUCCAACUUUCCAACCACUAUCCCACCCACUUCCUGGCAAGCAGAUCUCCCUCCCCACCAUCCUUCAUCGGCAUGCUCAGACGGGACACUGAAGCUCAACACAGCAGCCUCCACAGAAGCAGAUGUAAAAAUUGUGAUCAAAACAGAAGUCCAAGAGGAGGAGGUGGUGGCCACACCUGUGCAUCCUACCGACUUGGAGGCCCAUGGGACUCUAUUUGCACCAGGCCAAGCCACAAGGUUUUUCCCUAGUCCUGUCCAAGAAGGAGCCUGGGAAAGCCAGGGUAGUUCCUUCCCUGGCCAGGACCCCGUGUUGGGGCUGCGUGAGCCGGCCAGGCCUGAGAGGGACAUGGGAGAGCUCAGCCCUGCAGUGGCCCAGGAGGAGACCCCUGCGGGGGACUGGCUGUUUGGUGGGGUCCGGUGGGGCUGGAAUUUCCGGUGUAAACCUCCGGUGGGCCUGAACCCAAGGACCRUGCCAGAGGGGCUGCCUUUCUCCUCCCCAGACAAUGGAGAGGCCGUCCUGGAUCCCAGCCAGGCCCCGAGACCCUUCAACGAGCCCUGUAAAUACCCUGGCCGGACGAAAGGCUUCGGCCACAAACCCGGCCUGAAGAAGCACCCUGCAGCGCCCCCGGGAGGCCGGCCCUUCACCUGCGCCACCUGCGGGAAGAGCUUCCAGCUGCAGGUGAGCCUGAGCGCGCACCAGCGCAGCUGCGGCCUGCCAGAUGGCGCGGGCACGGCCACCAGCACCGGCACGGGUGCGGGCACGGCCACCUCAGGGGGCGGCAGCGCACGGGACGGCAGCGCCCUGCGGUGCGGGGAGUGCGGCCGCUGCUUCACGCGCCCCGCGCACCUCAUCCGCCACCGCAUGCUGCACACGGGCGAGCGGCCCUUCCCCUGCACCGAGUGCGAGAAGCGCUUCACGGAGCGCUCCAAGCUCAUCGACCACUACCGAACGCACACAGGCGUGCGGCCCUUCACCUGCACCGUCUGCGGCAAGAGCUUCAUCCGCAAGGACCACCUCCGCAAGCACCAGCGCAACCACGCCGCGGGGGCCAAGGCGCCGGCCCGCGGGCAGCCGCUCCCGCCCCUGCCCACCGGGCCCCCCGACCCCUUCAAGAGCCCCGCAGCCAAAGGACCCUUGGCUUCCACAGACCUCGUGACCGACUGGACUUGUGGCCUAAGCGUCCUAGGACCCACUGAUGGUGGCGACCUGUGAACACCCCCACUACCAUAGCCCCCGUGGGCUAAAAUGUACAAAGUCCUGAGUGCAGACAGCAGGGUGGCGUUGAAAGCCUAGAGGCAGAAAGGGAGACUGGCAGAACCAAAUUCCCACAUUGCUGAACUGAUCACUGGAACAAGAGGAACGCUCCACCUCUAGACACAGUAGGAUUCUGAUUGUGAAACUGCAUACCGUAGUAGAAUUUCAAGUAAUUUAACUGCAAACCCGGUUUUUGUUCUUGUUUCUUUUUUAAUUCUUGAGGAAAAAGCUGGAAAACAGUAGCAGCAUCAGUUGAGAUCCUGUCGUGCACUUUUGUUUUUCAGGGUGUGUGUCCGCCAUGUCUCCUGAGUCUGAUGGCAGUGCUGGGAGGGUGGUGGGUGGGGUCCUGGAGGUGAAGAGGGCCCUGGAUACCCCUGGCCCCAGGACUUCUAGGGAUUGGUCUCCAGACAGCACAGUCUGUGGGAGUUGACUCACCAGUCUGCCUGGGCAGCAGGUCUGGGCCUGGGCAAAGAAGGGUACAGGACCUGGAACCCCAGCUUCCACUCAGCAGGAAGGACCAGACCAGGAGAGUCAAGGCAGUGGUCAGCUUGCCUGCCUAUUGAAAAGGCCCCUAAGCACUGGCCUGGCUUUUCCCUAUUCUGCACCAUGCCAUCCGCAGUACUGUCCUAGAGCACUUGACAACAUCCCCCAGGGACUCCUGGGCCCCAUCAAGGAGAGCCAUGUGGAGCUGUCAGGUCUGGAGGAGGUGAAGAGUGAAGAGCCAAGGCUGAGUGUGGAGCCCUCACAUCUGGUUAUGCAGAGCCAGGCCUGGAGCCAGCGGCCCAGACCCCAGAUGCUUCUGGUGUGCUGCCCCUCCUAUAGUGUCUCAUUUCCAGAGUACUUGCACAUCACAUCUCACUUGAUCAUACCUGACUUUGGGAAGUAGCAGGACAGGUACUUGUUUCUUUAUAGAAAUGAGAUGAAAAGGGCUCAAAGGGGGCAUAUCUCRGCCCCUCGCCAUUGAAUGCACAAUGUGUGCCAGGAGCCAGGAAGAGCCACAGCUGGGACACAGUUCCUCCUGAAGCCUUAGUUUAAGGGAGAAAAGGUUUUGGGUUUUGCCCUCUGAAAAGACUUGUCCCACACCCAGUGAGUCAGAUCCUUAGGCCUCAGAGGAGGAGUAUCUGGCUCCGMAGCCUUCGGGAACCUGGCCUCUUUGGUGUGUGUGCUCAUUCACACACUAGGGCUGCUCAGGAGGCAACCUGGGAGGCUGGUAACAUGUAAGUGGCUUGCUCAGUCCCACCUCAAAAGUCUUCAAAGUGGAAUUAGAAAUGGGCCCAGAUUUCUUGUCCACCGUAGUGCUAUCCCCACCACACACAUAUCCAUUCCUGGUUUUUGAAGCAGCCUUUGGUCCUCUUGCCCAAAAGGGUUCCUGCCUCUCUUUGCAAGGAAAGGCCAUGGCAUCCAUUCAUUCACUCUGUCCURCAUUUUAUUAGGAAUAGACUAGUUAAGAAAAAUGUUUCUAUGUACUGUAUAUUUUGUACCUGUUUACACUUCUAAUAUUGAUAUAACUGAUAUUUUGAAAAAUAAUUGAACAGAAAACAUCCUGUUAAAAUAAAACCUAACCAGCACCAA